AUGGGGAAUAUAGCAUCUAUGGCCAGAGCGUCCACCGCGCUCGACUCUUACGUCGCAGAGCUCGGAAACGACAUAUCAUAUGACAAGAGUCUGUCAUCUUCGCGAUUCCUCAAGACAAUCCUAGCAAGACACAAAUAUGGUCCUAUCGUCCUCAAGAUAUUCAUCAAGCCAGAUUCUGCAAUGUCUUUGCGAGUCAUUCAACGGCGGCUUAAGACCGAACGGGACGCCUUGGCAAGUCUUCCAAACGUCAACACCUACCAGACAUUCGUCGAGACAGAGAAAGCCGGUUAUCUGAUACGACAAUGGAUCGGCUCCAACCUCUAUGACAGAGUCAGCCAGCAGCCGUAUCUCGCCGGUAUAGAAAAGAAGUGGAUAGCAUUUCAGCUGCUUACCGCUCUGAGAGAUGCUCGCAAUCGCAAGGUCGCCCAUGGUGACAUGAAAUCAGAAAACGUACUCCUUACUACCUCCCUCACUGUCCUCUUGACCGACUUCUCUGCUUCUUUCAAACCCACCUUCCUGCCCCUCGACGAUCCUUCCGACUUUUCCUUCUUCUUCGACACAUCAGGCCGGCGAACGUGCUAUAUCGCCCCGGAGCGAUUUUAUACUUCAACCUCUCGAGUCGCAGAUAAGAAGAGAGCGAGCGAAGCGGAUGCCAAAGGCGAUGCGUUUGGGAAGAGAGAUGGAAAGGUCACGGAAGAGAUGGAUGUCUUCAGCGCUGGGUGUGUAUUGGCGGAGAUGUGGACAGACGGACGUACCGUUUUCAGUCUAAGCGAGCUGUAUGCAUACAAGGACGGGAGCCUUGGGCUUGAGGGAAUUCUGGAUCACAUCGAAGAUGGAGCUGUUAGGGACAUGAUCUCCCAAAUGUUGGCAAGAGAUCCAUCAAAACGACCAUCAUUCGAUCUCAUACUAUCGACAUUCCGCGAGAUCAUAUUUCCCGAAUACUUUUACACCUUCUUGGAAGAUUACUUCAACACACUCAGCGAGGUUGCAGAGGCGAGCAGUGUUGGAGCGCAUGCCGAUGUCGGAUUCCCGCAGCGAUCGGCAGGGCAGAGUGGAACCAAGGUAGAUAAGAUUUGGGAUGAGUGGGAGAGUAUCUCUACAUACCUGGGCGCAGGCCCUUCAGACAAUGGCCCUGCCCUUCUCAUUUUGAACAUGGUAACUUCUUCUGUCCGCCAUUGCCUCUUUCCGUCGUCGCGCCUCCACGCCCUCAAGCUAUUCGUCAACCUUCUCCCAUUCCUCCUUGACGAAGACAAAGUCGACCGAGUCAUCCCUUACAUCGUCGAGCUGCUUUCAGAUGACAUUGCGAUCGUACGCGCUGAAGCAUGCCAAACACUUGUCGAGGUGGUGGAUAACGUCGAGACCAUCACCCCACAAAAUGUCACUUUCAUCCCAGAGUAUUUGCUGCCGCAGAUGCGACAUCUGGCGACCGACAAUGACACAUUCGUGCGUGCCAGCUAUGCCACGGGAUUGGUCAAGCUUGCAAAUGCUGCGGUCAACAUGUUGGAGAUGAGCCAGGCAGCCAAAGGAAGUGUCUCGGCUCAUGGUACAGAAGCUUCGGUUAUCGUCGAGCCUGACUAUGACUCGAUGCUUCUAGAGAUACAAUCAGUGGUAGAAGAGCAAGCCACAACUCUCCUAGUGGACCCCAGCCCCUACGUCAAGCGAGCGAUGCUCUCUUCGAUAUCGGACUUGUGUCUGUUCUUUGGACGGCAAAAGUCGAACGAAACAGUACUCAGCCACAUCAUGACAUAUCUCAACGACAAGGACUGGAUGCUGAGGCUGGCAUUUUUCGACGGGAUCGUAGGUGUUGGGGCGUUCAUCGGGCUGAGGGCAGUUGAGGAGUAUGUCCUGCCUUUGAUGUUCCAGGCUCUUGCAGACCCGGAAGAGGCAGUGGUAGCCAGGGUUUUAAACUCUAUGGCGAGCCUCGCCUCGUUGGGAUUGCUGGCUCGGAUGAGACUGUGGGAUGUCUUCUUCGCCGUGAAGGGAUUCCUCUUCCACCCAAACACCUGGAUACGGCAAGGCGCAGUCGAUUUCAUAGCCACAGCGUCCCGAAACCUUCCCAUUUCGGACGUCUGGUGUGUGCUAUAUCCCAAUGUUCGCCCAAUGCUUCACUCAGACAUAUCGGAUAUGACUGAAGCUUCUAUCGUUUCUUCUCUGUUGCCUCCGCUACCACGCGGGACUUUGACGGCAGCAAAGGCAGCGGCACUCCAAAACACUCCGGCGGGCUUCUGGCAGGUGACACCGGUGAACUUGUCAACUAAAGUCGAAUUGAUGAAGUCUGCGCAGAAGCCCAGUCAGAAGCAGGGUAAGCUCCGGGACAGAGGCAUUUCUGCUACAGACGAGGUUAAGAUUGAGGCUAUGAAGGAGUUUAUCGUCAAGCAAGCGUACGCGGCGAGAGCUCGCGAAGGAGCGGAUCGACCUACAGUCCCCGAGGUUGACCUGGCUUCAGCGAAAUCCGUCUCGUUGACUGAUCUCGGCGUCACUCCUCAGACAGUGUUCAUUAGCCCCCGUACAGUCGGAGUUGACUCUAGGGAUGAUCUUGGACGACUGCCUUCACAGACGGGUAUUGCUGGAAGCCGCCGUACCUCAUUUGCCAGUAAAAGCAAUCGCGGACCCGUCGAGAAUCCUCUCGAGGAAAUCAGAAAGAUUUUGGCGGCUUUGGAACCGAUAUCUCGUCCGGAGACUCCUCAGCCCGCCGGAGAGCCUCCUCAUUCGUAUGUCGACUCCAACGCGAGCCCUUCUGAAUCCGGGCUAUCCUCAACGCUAGAUAUUGCUGGGAUGACACGCAACAGCAAGAGGAAGGUAGACUCAAAAGCGGCCCCAGCUAUAGGCGCCUCACGCACCAAUGCGGUUGGUAUGACUACCAUACAUGAUGAUCCCAUGUCGGGCCGGACAACGCCCAAUGCUGCUGCCAUGCCGCAGCUGGGUACUGGCGGAGCUAGCACCCCCAAAGGGACCGCCCCUUACGCGAGCUCGUACGAAGGGCAUGACCCUGGAGUACGGGCAUUUCUCGAGCAGAUCGAUCUCGACAAUUAUCGGGAACCACUACUCGACUUUGGUCCCAAAGUCACUGCUAGCCACAAGAAGCGCAGUGCUCGGGUGAAGUCGAGCUCUUCCUCGCCGCAAGGUGUCACCAUGAUUGCUCACUUGACGCAUCACGAGCAAGCCAUCACCUCCAUUGUCACUUCGCCCGAUAGUGUAUUCUUUGCUACUUCCUCUGAGGACUGUCAGAUCCUGAUAUGGGAUACAGCUCGGCUGGAGAGAAGCGUUACCACCAAGCCUCGACAAGUCUACAGAAUGGAUGCCCCUAUCUCGACGAUGUGCAGAAUCGAAAAUACCCACUGUCUGGCGGCGGCCAGUGAAGACGGCCAGCUACAUGUACUCCGAGUACAUGUCUCGGGAGGUAGCGGGGGAGCCAAUGCGAGGUACGGGAAAGUGGAGCGCAUCAGGUCUUGGAGAGCGCAAGAAAGUCAGGGGCAUGUCAAACACGUAUCCUAUCUCAACGACUCUUCACUGCUCCUGAUCACCUCAACCUCCCUGAUUGCCAUCUUGGACAUCAGGAGCAUGGCUAUCAGCAAAAGCUAUCAGCACCCUCUUGAGCUGGGCAUCAUAACCGCCGCCUGUCCCGCUACUCACUGGCUGGUCCUCGGUACCUCGACUGGCGUUCUUAGUCUCUGGGAUCUGCGUUUCGGUUUGCUCAUCAAGUCUUGGGCCGCCGGAGGUGCGGUGACGGCCUGUAAGAUCCACCCAGCCAGAGGCCGUGAUCGGUGGAUCAUGGUCUCUGUUGCCCCAUCGACUUCGUUCAUGCCGUCACCGUCCGCAGAUGCAGACAGGCCCGAUGAAGCCGUCUCUGGGCCACUAGUGGAGGUAUACGAUCUUGAAACGUCUCGCCUGGUCGAAGUCUACGAAGUUCGAAGUCGCCGCCCUGGUAAAAAUCUUGAUCCUGCCCCGGAUCCUCAAGAGGUGACACCCGAUAGGGCAUCUCUCAUCGCCGAGCUUGCCAUAUCUCCACCCUCCUUACCCUCACCGAAGACAGUCGACGACUUUGACGCUUCGACGCCUCUUCCCGCCUCUCCUCGCACCAUCUUAGAUCUCAUUGUUGGGCAGAGCUGGGCCAGCCUGCCUAAAGCAGAAGAGAGCAUGUUGAUGUCUGUGCCCGAGAUCGGUGCUGCGGGCAGGGAGAGAGACUUGUCUGGGAGACAGGGAUGGAUGAUCAGUGCAGGAGAGGAUAGGGCGGUGAGGUAUUGGGAUCUGGUAAAGGCGCAAGGUGGCUUUGUUGUCUGUGGGUCACAGAAAGAGAAGGAUGUGACAUUCAGACAAACGCCGGAUGCUGCAGGGCCGACCAUGUUCUACACUCUGCCCAACGUCCACCGCCAAGGACAGCCCAUUCCGCGGGAUAAGGAGAAGCAAGUGCUCAGACCCCAUUACGAUGCUAUCGCCAAGCUGGGCACUCUAGAGACACCGUUCUCAAGCUGUGUGAUUAGCGGGGACAGGAGCGGAGUGGUCAAGGUGUGGCGGAUGGAAGGGGCGCCUACAGGAUUGCGAUAG